AUGUUUGGGCAGAGUUAUACCUGGCAUAUCAAGAGAGUGCUGCCUUCAUGGGCUUAUGUAAUGCAGUCAUCAGUGGCCUCUGACAACAAAAUCUGGUUCCUGCAUGUGUCUACUUGGACUGUGAUCACCCUGAAGAAAGGAGAAGGCAGCACCUCAAUGAAAGCCCAGUCAGUCUCUUCAGCCUCAUCUGUGGGGACAGCUGUGCUGGAGGGGGAAGGCUUGUCUGGGCAUCGCUUUCCCUCCUGCCAUAUUGCCCGGCGCUCUCUUCUGUGUCCAAAGGGUUCGUCUCAUCUGCCGCAGCAGCUGAAGUUCACGACCUCUGAUUCCUGUGACCGGAUUAAAGAUGAAUUCCAGCUCCUGCAAGCUCAGUACCACAGCUUGAAGUUGGAAUGUGACAAGCUGGCCAGUGAGAAAUCAGAGAUGCAGCGUCACUAUGUCAUGUAUUACGAGAUGUCCUACGGGCUCAAUAUCGAAAUGCACAAACAGGCUGAAAUUGUCAAGCGGCUAAAUGGGAUUUGUGCUCAAGUUUUGCCCUACCUGUCUCAAGAGCACCAACAGCAGGUCCUGGGAGCCAUUGAACGAGCCAAGCAAGUGACCGCACCGGAGCUGAAUUCCAUCAUCCGUCAGCAGCUUCAAGCACAUCAGCUCUCGCAGCUCCAGGCUCUCGCUCUCCCCUUGACUCCGUUGCCCGUGGGCCUGCAGCCCCCGUCUCUCCCGGCCGUCAGCACCGGCACCGGGCUCCUCUCGCUCUCGGCCCUGGGCUCCCAAGCCCACCUCUCCAAGGAGGACAAGAACGGUCACGAUGGGGACACCCACCAAGACGACGAUGGGGAGAAGUCAGAUUAAAGUGAGGGGGUGGGGCUGGGGGAGGGCUGGGGGGAGGGGCUCAGUAAAAGAUGCAGUAUCGCUCUGGUCAGUGCUCCUUAGAACUGCAGUAGUUUGUAGGGUGGCAUCCCGCCAGGCGCACAACGUGCGCGUUUCCCCCCUUCCGUGCCCACGAUGGGUGGGGAUCUGAGCAGCCACCUCCCUUGAACCAAGUAGAAACGUGGCAGCAAUUGUGGCCACAGUCACGCACACAUGGUUGCUAAAUUCCACUCUGCCCGCCCCCAGAUCUGUUGCAGGCCUCGUAUUGUUCAGUCACGCCAGGGCUCGGAGCGCUGCUCUCCGCAGCUCUAGGCCAGCAGAGCAUCGAGUCUGGACUCUGGGUACUAUGCGUUCACAGUGGUACCAUUCCACCUCUUUUCUGCCCCCGUCCUCUCCUCCCCAGAGCCGGUGCAUAUUUAAAGAUACAUCCCUGUUCCUGCCCCGACAUGCCCCAGCCUCUGUAGGUUUCCAUUGCAUCUCACUGGCCCUGUUCCUUCUCGGCACCCCACCUGCACUUGGACCAGUUCUGCACCUUGCUGUCCUGCAUGUAUCUCUCUUUAACCAGUGCCAGGGGCACCAUACCUACUCCAGUGCCCUCAGUCGCCAGGUGUGUCUCUGCGUGCUGCUCCCCCACUUCCAGCUGGCCUUCUCCAGCAUGGUACCUGGCUAUCUAAGAUGGUGGGAGAAAGGAGGUGGAGGGGAAAAAUCAGACCAGAUUAGAACCUCCCCCUGCUUCCCUUCCCUCCCCCCCCCCCAUUUGGAAAAGGAUACUGCAGCUUUCUCUGUUUCUAUUUCCGUGCGCUAGCGUGUCUUUCUUUUAAAAAAAACAAAAUGGAAUUUUAAAAAAAAAUCUCGUGUUUGUAUAUAGUCCUUUAGAGAGAAAUCUUGUUUUGCUUUUUGUGUUUAAUCACUCAACCUAUAAGAAGAGGAACUGAAAAUGCUGUAUGGAGGGUGUUACUAGCUGUGCCUUUAAAAUAAAGAAAUAAGAAGGUUGGUUAAAGCUG